AUGGCGGACGUGCUGAACAUUUCGAAGGUUCCGAUUUUUUCAAAAAAGGAAAAGGCAUUUAGCGAUUUGCAAAAAAGCAAAGAGGCCAAUGAGAAGAUUCUGAGUAAAGAGACAGACCGAUUUACCUUGUACCCCAUUUUGUACCCAGACGUUUGGGAUUUUUACAAGAAAGCGGAAGCCUCCUUCUGGACAGCUGAGGAAAUUGACUUGUCCAGCGAUUUAAAAGAUUUCGAAAAAUUAAAUGAAAAUGAAAAACACUUCAUAAAACAUGUGUUGGCCUUUUUUGCAGCCAGUGAUGGAAUAGUGUUGGAAAAUUUAGCGAGCAAAUUUUUACGCCAAGUGCAAAUAACGGAGGCAAAGAAAUUUUAUUCCUUCCAGAUUGCCGUUGAAAAUAUUCAUUCGGAGACCUAUAGCUUGUUAAUAGACAACUACAUAAAGGAUGAGAAGGAGAGAAUGAAUCUAUUUCACGCUAUUGAGAACAUCCCCGCUGUGAAGAACAAAGCUCUGUGGGCUGCCAAGUGGAUAAACGACACGAACUCCUUUGCCGAAAGGAUAGUAGCGAAUGCGUGUGUAGAGGGUAUUUUAUUUAGUGGAAGUUUCUGUGCCAUUUUUUGGUUUAAAAAGCAGAACAAGUUACAUGGACUCACAUUCAGUAACGAACUAAUUAGUCGGGAUGAGGGAUUACACACAGAUUUUAAUUGUCUGAUUUAUAGCCUUCUGGAAAAUAAAUUGCCGGAAGAAGUGGUCCAGAAUAUUGUGAAGGAGGCCGUAGAGGUAGAACGCUCUUUUAUUUGUGAAUCAUUACCUUGCGAUUUAAUUGGGAUGAACUCAAGAUUAAUGUCACAAUACAUUGAAUUCGUGGCGGAUAGAUUGUUGGAGUGUCUGGGGUCUCGGAAAAUUUUUCAUGCAAAGAACCCCUUCAACUGGAUGGACCUCAUAUCUCUGCAGGGAAAGACCAACUUCUUCGAGAAACGUGUCGCUGAUUAUCAGAAAUCUGGAGUCAUGGCACAGAGAAAGGAUCAAGUCUUUUGCCUAAACAGUGACUUCUGA